CAAAAAGGGCAGGGCAGCACGCCAUGCCCACCGUCCCUCACUCGCUCUUUCACUGUAGUAGCAGUCCGUCGUGCACCGCAUCGCUAUAACUUUUCCUCCCACAAACCCGACGCGCCCAAUUUAUUACCACCAUAUCGUACACCAAUAUCCUCCUCUCCAACGGUGCGAUCCCGUGCUGCUAUCAUCACUGCCACUCCGUGACGGACCAGUGAGUGUGAGCAGCUAGCUAGCUCCGUGAGAUGCAACCAGCUGCGGCGCCGGCAAUGCCGUCCAUCCUGCUGCUGCUCGCCCUGCUCGCGGCCACGGCCGUGGGCGCCGGAGCUGGGAGGACGCCCACGCUGGUGUUCAUCCUGGCGGGGCAGUCCAACAUGGGCGGCCGGGGCGGGGCGACGCUCAACAACCGCUGGGACGGCGUGGUGCCGCGGGAGUGCGCCCCGUCCCCGCGCACGCUCCGCCUCUCGCCGGCCCUGCGCUGGGAGGAGGCCCGCGAGCCGCUGCACUCCGGCAUCGACGUGGGCAACGUGCUGGGCGUCGGCCCGGGCAUGCCGUUCGCGCACGCGCUGCUCCGCGCCCCGGCGUGCCCCAGGGGCGCCGUGGUCGGCCUCGUCCCCUGCGCGCAGGGCGGCACCCCCAUCGCCAACUGGUCCCGCGGCUCCGACCUCUACGACCGGAUGCUCACCCGCGCCCGCGCCGCCGUCGCGCAGACGAAUGGCAAGGGGAGGAUCGCGGCCAUGCUCUGGUUCCAGGGCGAGACCGACACCAUCCGGCGCGAGGACGCGCUGGCGUACACGGGCAGGAUGGAGGCGCUUAUCCGGGACGUCCGGCGGGACCUCGGCAUCCCAAACCUCCUCGUCAUCCAGGUUGGGAUCGCGACGGGGCAGGGCAAGUUCGUGGAUCUGGUGCGGAAGGCGCAGCGGGCGGUGCGGGCGCCGAACCUGAGGUACGUGGACGCCAUGGGCCUCCCCGUCGCCAACGACUUCACGCACCUCACCACGCCGGCGCAGGUCCGGCUCGGGAAGAUGCUCGCCGACGCCUACGUCGCCACGCUCCACUGAUUGAUAAUCCAGUGGUUAGCGCGUGCGCCUGCCUGAUUACUGAUAAGCACCUGGACUGUUUAGUUGGACUAUUACUAAACCAUACUAGUAGUAGUAGUAUCAUUGAUCCGCUCAAGAGAUUGGUGAUGAUUAGUUGUGGUGGCUGACAGAUUAAGUGGCUGAUCAACGAUUCUGCUGAAUUAGUCAGUCUGUAGCAGCAGCGGCAGUAUACCAUGUACUAUGUCAGGCUCCCAAUUCCCAAAGGUUGCAACUGAUUACUACAUUAUUGCUGCCAUUAGUAUGCAUUUAUGUAUGUAGGAUUAUUUUCUUCCGUCUUACUUUUGGUUCUCAGCGUAAUGUAAUGUAAAGCCAGCUGGGCUGCAUUAUUCGACACCAACAUUAUCAGAUUU